CAGGGGCAGUGCCAGAAUUAUCGGACGAUAAUUAGUCAUCAGUGCAAAGUUAUGUUGAAUGUUGAAGGCGAUACAGAGCGGCCUCCCAUCGAUGGCGUAGGCUUUAAUUUGCUUGCAGAAGAGCAGGCCAGCUUCAAAGCGGGUAACAGUCGUAUCCUGAUCGAAAAAAACACCUUUAUGUUAUUUUUCCAAAUAGUUGCUGCUAAUUGGAACUCACUUCUGGGUAACAUUAAAUAUGCAAAUAAAUUAGAAUAGCUCCAAGAGUUCACAAAUAUACAAACCACACAUCAUCACAAGUCCUUCGUCUGUCUCUAGGGAAUAAUACCAAAAAAAGGCUUCACCUCCAUUAGCGGGCGUGAUUCAGAGGCCGCGGCGGUACACGCAUGAUAAUCGACCUCUGCAUGCUCACUGCUACAGAUAUCUACCCAUUAACAGAUUCCUCACAGAUCGAAAAUGUAGGAUAUUUAUAGUUAUAUUAUUUAUAGCUAUAUUAUUUUAUUAUAUUGCUCGUCGAUGACCUAGACGCCAGUAUUGUUUCAAGGUAAAAUGAAGAAUGUCAAGCACCCUCCCUUUCUUUAUCCCCACCUCCUCAAUCGUUCUUGUUCAGCCUCACCCUCUCUUAAACGUGGGAAUGUUACACCUGUAAAAUUAUUCAGACACAAGCAUUGUAAAAGUUUUACCGUAAACAAAUUAAUAACUGUAGUCUUAUAGUCUGUUCACACCGGUAAGCAGUCAUGAGCAGAGACCAAAUGACAGAAUCAUUCAAAAGUUCUUUCAUGUGCUUCUCUUUUAUUCUAAUUAUUUUGCAUUAAAGGGCAAGGCAAGUCAAAGCACAGCUUGCUUUCCCUGUAAAGUACUUUGACUUUUGAUAGGGAACUGUGCGGCUUAGCAAUGAUGACAAAAAGAACUGAAAAAUUUAGCAAACAGAAAAAACAAUCUAAAGCUUGAAAGAGGCGUUUCAAAGUCAAGAUUUCAAUCAAGUCCCUCCCUUUUGUAUUUAAAGCAAGCAAGCACGCACACAAACAUACUUUCACACAAGCACAUGUAUUCAUCUAUCCUCGUAUAUAACACCAUGUUGCUUUGGCUCAGGUGGGACUGCACGUACAAAAGAGCACCAUUAUCAUUUGGUGUAUGUGCAUGUACGCAUGUGUGUGUGUGAGAGAGAGAGAGACAGAGAGAUAGAGAGAGAGAAAUGAGAGCCGUGAGAAAAACACGAUGGUUCUCCAUGUUUAUAGCCACUGUUGUGCACACUACCUGAGGCAAAAUGAAGAUUACCUGCUCUCGAAGCCACGAAAGAGAUGGGGGUGGAAGUAGGGGGCGCUGUGUAAAAAUGCUCAGCUAGGAGACCCGUUAGACCAGUCCACUGUUCCACCCGCUGCAACCUUUUUCAUCCUUUGUCUUAGAACCUGCUGGCUUGUGGUGGUCAGUCGGUGAAAGACAAAGCAUGCUCUCUCAGUCACAGUGACCACUGGCCUUUCCAGCAAAAUUUGGGGAAGAAGAAAUUUAAAUGGUUUUGUGUUGUCCAAAGAUACUGAUAACUCACAUCAGUAUGAGAACCACCGUAAAGAACAUGAAACUGAGCCCAAACUUGAUUGGUCUGUGCUGUUGUUUACAUUUAACAGACUGCCAGAGGUUGAUGAUGUGUUCAUCUUGCAGCUCGACAGUUUCUUUACACUCUGAUACAGACCUCCCAUCGCUGAGUGUCUCUAGUACAGUUUCGAUGUUAGCGCUCACUCAAAAUCUGAAUUAUUUCUGAGGAUUUUAAAAACUCAACAACAAAAGGAUUGGAUAAACGGGAGCUGAGGCAGCUGCAGCAACUGUCUAACAAAUCCCUGCAUUGAGCCAGACACCUAUGAAUGAACAGUGACAACAUACUACAGACUACCGUUGGAUGGUCACAAGGCCCAUCCGGGGCUUCUGGAGCGUGACUGGUCGCCGUGCUGAUCCGAGCCUCAGUUGGAGGUGGACGUGAAGGAUCUGCCCUGGUCGAAAAUGAAAAGAGUAGUGACUUUUCUCCUCUUGCCUACACCACACUGGACUGUCAUGUAGUGUCAGUCCGUUGCAAAACAGAUUUCUAGUGCGUCACACGGGAGUUGUAUGCGGGGGUCUCUCUCUUUCUGUGGAAAACGGAGCGGUGCACGACUGACGGGAAAAAGACUGCCAGCAGGAUUGAGGACAUCACCGCCAACAACUCCAUGACCACUGCCGGCACAACCCUGCUGCAGAGCUCGCCCGGGCAGCAGAGCAGCGAGGUGCCAGCUGCCAGCAGCAGCAAACAAGGACAAGGGGCUGGCCACUAUGCCGCCGUGACGCUGAUGGUGGCCAUCACCUUCCUAACAGUUUGCGGCAACCUCUGCAACUUCGUGGUCAUCACCCGGUCCUGGCAGCUGCGCCACACGCUGUCCAACUUCUUCGUUCUAAGCCUUUUCACUUGCGACUUACUGGCCGGCCUGCUGGUCCUGCCUGCUGCCGCCUACACCUUCGCCGCUGGGGAUAGCGACGCCUGGCCGCUGGGCCCUGCGGCCUGCGACGCCGCUGGCUUCAUGGGCAACUGGCUCACCUUCGUUUCCAUGACGACCAUGGCCUCCAUCGCAGCCGAGCGUUUCUACUGCAUCCGCUGGUCCAUGCACCACGCAGCCAGAAUGAGCGUCCGCGGCACGCUUGGCGUCCUGCUGACCCUGUGGGGGUUGGGGGCGGUACUAGCAGCCUUGCCAUUGGUGGGGCUUAACUCCUACGACUUCCGGCCUAGUCUCUACAAUUGCUCCUUCGACCCAAAGCCGGAGACCGGUCACAUGGCCUAUGUCCUUCUGGUCACCACUAUCUGCUUCCUGAUGCCAGGUGUCUUAAUAAUUGUCAUGUACGGUGGCAUCUUCUGGGUGGCCCACCUGGCUGCCGUGCAGGUGGGUCCUACUCCGCGGAACGAUUCGCUCCCCAGUGCGGUGACCAUUUCGGUGACAGCGACGGAAUCAACCCGCAGCAUGUCUCGUCAGAUUGGUGCAAUCAACACCACCGCUUCGUCCUCAUCUUCCAAUACCAAGCUGUGGAGCCGCCAAUCCGACGCCUCCACCAUAGUCAUGCCCAGCGGCCAUGUCAAGGCCAGCACUCCUUCCAUCGUAAGCGUCCAGCACACCAUGUCACAUGUCCUGCGCACGCACAUCAAGCCAGCUAAAACGGUGCUGCUUAUGGUGGUGCCCUUCAUCUUGCUGUGGGGACCCUUGUUUGUAAUGAACCUGAACGGAGUCCUGGGUGGUUCCCUGGCGGGUAUUCCAUACUUGCUGCUUGCGGCACAGUGGAUGGGAUACAGCUCUUUCGCUCUCAAUCCAUUCCUCUUCGGGUGGAUGAACAAAUCCAUCCGCAAGGAGCUUGUAGCCUUGCUUUGGCUGCUGCGCUUAUACUGCUGCUGCUGCUGCUCUUGUUGUCCCGAGCAGGGAUCGCAGGAGAACGAAGACAUGCAACAGGAUGAAAGGCCGGAGAUGCAGGUCCCUUGUAGGGAAGAGAACUUCAUGGAGUUUCUGGAACGCACCACCAUCCACCAGUGCAACAGUGACAGGCAGCCUGCACCCAAGUGCCGUUUCAGUGUAGACUAAGGUGAGGGCCCAGGCUGAGGAAAGUCGACUUGGACCAGAAUGGACAUUUGGGAGAGAGGAGAUGAACUAAUUUUUAAUCUUCUCCCAGCAUGCUCACUAGUGUGUAUCAUGGUAGUUAGAUCGCCUUGCUUCGGAGCACAAGGUCGCUCCAUUAAAGAGUUGAAAUCCAACAAGGGCAAAACCUGUUUGGACCCCGAUUAGAUCCUCCGCCAACAUCUCGUUUACCCAUCGAAAUGGGUUAGAGGGAGGCAAAGAAAAGGGUGGGUUCCGUCUUCCUCGAUACGGUAAACCUCUUAGGUUUGCUACUCCAUGACUGCCGGACUGUGAGAUUCCAUGGCAUUACAUUCACCUGACUAGUUUCAAUGCUGAUCCCCCUUUCCAGGGAAGGUAAAAAAUUACACAAGCGGAAAAAGUGUCAUGUAUUAAAUGUCAUACCGAAUCUUAGUUGGAACAUUGAACAGUGAAGCUUUUUUUUUUGAAGAGAGAAAAUGGCUUUUUCUCGAAUAUUCCCGAACUUAUUGCCCGAUCUUAAAAUAUACUUGAUUCUUGAGAACUUUGAUAGUUUCUCAACUGCAGGAAGUGAUGUAGGAAGUUCAUGGCCAAGUAUUCUGUGAAGACAAUUAUUAUCAAACCGCAAGAAUAUCAUAAGGUUUUGUCUUCCACUUCCAAAGGCUUUAUCAACAUUUAGACAUUAUAACAGAAAAGUUGAUUGUACGGUUUAAACUACAUGUGAUAAGAAAACUGAACUGAGACAAAAGUGCCAGUAAGUUAUCUAAAAAUACAACUGCACCUUUGCAUUUUCAGUUUGGUUCCAGCUCUCUCUGGAAAGGAGUGAUGGAGUUAUAUGGGGACAAGGCACCAGGGUCGAUAGCUCGGCACGGUCAAAGAUGUAUAAAUCGAGUUCAUGUGUUGCUGGAAUACGCCCUCUACAGAUGCAGACACACUAACUUUGACUUAUUCUCCUUCUAGUGUUUGAGUUGAGCCUCUUUCUACAGAUAGUGGCCGGAAGGCAUGGACCUUAAAGCCUAGAAUCAAUGCUUUCGGACAUGUCAUAAAGAGCAGCAGGAAGGCUAAAUGUUUGUGGGAAGGCAUAUUUUAGGCUUUGAGCACGAUACUAUUUCCUGAAAGUUUGGUAAAUGUCCUUCUCCAUUCUGUUCUCGAGAUAACGCCAACAAACAUGGCAUGGACAAAAAGAGGUUAGCAACAGAUAUCGAAAUUGAACAGAGAUGCUUUUACCUUGUCGAGUUUACUGACAGAAACGAAGUCACGAGGUUUGCGCAUGGGUGUGUGUGUGUUGGAGUGUCUGUGUGUGUGUGUUGAUAUGCAUGUGGUGUGUGUGCUGGUGGCACUUUUCAUAAGCACUUUAGCCGACUGCUUAACUAUCCAAUGCACCUAUCCCCAGCAACUUUUUUUUUCCAUGAUAGGAAUAUGAUCAAACUAAAAUUAACAUUUCUUCAGAAAGAAACGAAGGAAGGAGUUGAAAUAGUACAAAGAUUUGUUAAAAACAAAGCCAUGAUAAUAAAGAAUUGAAGAAUAAGACAGAUGGUGACUUGAUAACUACCAGACAAAAAUAAAGAUCCAUACACUAUACAGGCAAAUACAAGAGCCGUUAUUACAGGAGCAAGCAGAUGGAGUGAUUAAUACUGUACUCAGUUCCUCAGAUGGACUUAGGAGUGUACUUGGCUGUUCUACAUCCACACGAUUUUAACAAGCUAACAGAAUUAUGCAUUCAUGCCGACUGUAAAAUAUUGAGAGAAGUCGCUGCUUUCUUGAUGGCAAUAAAGCCAUACAUUCAUAGCUAUGAAUGAACUAUUUAUUCAAAGCUUAUAUGCGAGUAAUAUUUAUCAUAUAGGACCAGCUUAUGCUGUACUUUUCUGAUCAGGGAACGGCCUUUAAAUUAAAACUUAACAUACCUCUGGUGUCCACUGAGGAGCUAGACCACUGAAGUGUAUGCUGCUGGGGAUGACCAUAGUUUUGUGAGUAGUCUACACACCACAGACUGACAUUUUAUUGCAUCACAGUUUGGGACUAGGA